GAUCCGGGUGGUUGGGCGUUCUUAAAAAAGUCUCUCUUUCAGUCUCUGUUUCUCUGUGUCUCAUCUCUGGGCGUUUGAACUGUAAUUCUAAUUCUACCUUCCAUAAAAUCUCUAAGUUAACUAUCGUCAAUGGACAGCGACACCGAAGAGUCGCAGAGGAAGAGGCAAAAGAAGAACCCAUUUCCAGGAGACUCUUCUCGCAAGCAAGUGGAACUGAUUCCGAUGCGUCAAUACCAAGUAAUGGGAGAAGUGAAUUUCUUGCAAGACGAAGAUACUCGGUUGGAGACUACACGAGCUAGAUUUUCAAAUGUUCUCAAGAGGCAUGCAGAAUUGGCCGAGCGUCUUUCUAGGGAUUCUGACAAGAUGAUAUUUGAGCGUCUACAGAAAGAAUUUGAAGCUGCUCGCGCUUCUCAAACUCAAGAACUCUAUGUAGAUGGCGAAGAUUGGAAUGAUGGACUAUUAGCUACAAUAAGAGAGAGGGUUCACAUGGAGGCUGACAGAAAGCAAAUGCCAGGAGACUCGAAUACGAUGCCAGUUCAUCAUUAUGAAGAAAAAAAUGCAUAUAGAGCUGGAAAUAAGGUGAUUUGUUGCUUAGAUGGGGCAAGAAUUGGCAUUCAAUAUGAAACAUCUUAUGCAGGAGAACCUUGUGAGCUGUACCAUUGUGUGCUUGAGAGCAAGUCAUUUCUUGAAAAGAUGACUGUCCAGGAACAUACAAUUCCUUUCUUUCUGCCAAUACGAGAAGCAGAAAAUGAUCUUCUUUCUUCCAAUGCUAUGCGAUUUAUCGAUUAUGUUGGAGAACUUCUUCAAGCAUAUGUUGAUAGGCGGGAACAGGUACGGCUUAUCAAGGAAUUGUAUGGAAAUCAAAUUGGAGAGCUAUAUCAUAGCCUUCCCUACCAUAUGAUAGAAUUCGUACUGGAUGAUUUUGAAUGCAAGGUGAGAGUCAGUCUUAGAUAUGCAGACCUUGUAUCUGUACUUCCAACUCGAGUCAGAGUAUUUGCAUGGCCAAUGAAUCAAUUCAAGAAAAAUGGAGCACUUGGAAGUCACCCAAGCCCUGCUCGCCUAUCUUAUGCUGAGGAUGCCUUAAGAACCAUGAGUUUACCAGAAGCUUAUGCAGAAAUUGUAUUGAAUCUGCCUCGAGCCAUUCAGCAAAUAUCUAUUGAAACGAGCCCCACUUAAUAAUUUAAUAGUAUUUUUGGCGCAAAACUCCAGUGUACAAAGCUAUAUGGCAUGUAGUAACUCAAAAACUGUUGCUUAGCAUACUGGAUCCUCCUGGUUAAUCAUGAUUUGACUUACUGGUGAGUUGUGAAUUGGUGCCAUACGAGUGGAAACAAACUUGGUUUCACCAGUUUGUAUAGCAGUAUGAUUAAUUUUUAUGCAAGCAUUUAGCCAACUAUCAAACUGGGGUAUUGAACAUUUUGCUAUUACCCUAUCCAUGAGGAAGUUGGGACAUAAAAUCGUUUCGUUGUGGCUUUACAUUUGUAUCUUUCAUAUACUCACUGCUUGAAGACAUUGUUACUGUAGAUAAUGUUCAUUCUGGUUUUAGUUAACCUGAUAAUUAUUUUUUAA